AUGGCUCCCGUCCGAGGUUUCGAGUGCACCAAUCAUGAAACUAGGAGUAAUGGAAUGAAUGACCUCGAACUACAUGGUCUUAAUCAUUCAUCCAUGGCUUGCUAUUCGUAUCCUUACAUGCCCUCACUCGAUGAGGAGGCCAGUGCCAAUGACUCUUCCUUGAUCAACCCCUACUCGGAUCAUGAAAGCCGGGACCAUAAGAGGCUGAAAAGGACUGUUAGUAUAGAUGACUCAGUGUCUAGUAUUACCAGUGUCAACAACAGCAUGAUCAGCCGCAGCAUCAGUACUAAUAGCUUGACCACCUUGCCAAGGCUUCAUUUCCGGGAUCAUAUAUGGACUUACACGCAAAGAUACCUUGCAGCCGAAGCUGUUGAGGAGGCAGCAGCGGCUAUGAUCAAUGCCGAGCAAAAUGGAGCUGAACAACAAGAUGGAACUGCUGAUGGGAUGCGGCUUGUUCAGCUCCUCAUUGCUUGUGCUGAAGCUGUUGCUUGCCGCGACAAGACACACGCAUCUGCUUUACUAUCUGAGCUUCGUUCCAAUGCUUUGGUGUUUGGCUCUUCGUUCCAGCGCGUUGCGUCUUGCUUUGUGCAAGGCCUAGCUAGCAGGCUAGCCUUGGUUCAACCGCUUGGGGCAGUUGGUUUUGUUCCAUCUAAAUUGAAUGCGAAAGAUUAUGCUCUAAUGGACAGGAAAGAAGAGGCAUUGCGCCUAGUUUAUGAAAUAUGCCCACAUAUUCAAUUUGGUCAUUUUGUGGCCAACUCAUUAAUAUUGGAAGCCUUUGAGGGAGAGAGUUUCGUUCAUGUGGUAGACCUAGGGAUGACCCUCGGUUUGCCACACGGUGACCAGUGGCGAGACCUGAUCCAAAGCCUCGCAACUCGUUCAGGCCAGCCAUCAGUGUCGCGUCUACGCAUAACUGGUGUUGGCCUUUGCGCUGACAGAUUGCAAAUUAUUGGAGAAGAGCUUGAGGUUUACGCUGACAGCUUGGGAUUAAUUCUGGAGUUUUCUUGUGUGGAAAGCAACUUAGAAAACCUAAAGCCUCAAGACAUCAAACUUGUUGAAGGUGAAGUACUGGUUGUCAAUAGCAUUCUUCAGCUGCAUUGUGUGGUGAAAGAGAGCAGGGGAGCUCUCAAUUCGGUUCUGCAAAUGAUUCAUGAGCUAUCGCCAAAAGUCUUAGUUCUUGUAGAGCAGGACUCAAGCCACAAUGGUCCCUUUUUUCUUGGGAGGUUCAUGGAAGCACUGCAUUACUACUCUGCUAUAUUUGACUCACUAGAUGCAAUGCUGCCCAAAUACGACACUAGACGUGCCAAGAUGGAGCAGUUCUACUUUGCUGAGGAGAUCAAGAACAUCAUCAGCUGUGAGGGACCGGCACGCGUGGAGAGGCAUGAGAGGGUUGAUCAGUGGCGCAGGAGGAUGAGCCGUGCCGGUUUUCAAGGUGCACCAAUUAAGAUGAUGGCUCAGGCAAAGCAGUGGCUUGGGAAGAACAAGGUUUGUGAGGGUUACACUGUUGUGGAAGAAAAAGGUUGCUUGGUUCUUGGUUGGAAAUCAAGGUCUAUUGUUGCUGCUUCUUGCUGGAAAUGCUAACUGAAUUUAAACCUUCGCUUCCGGAAUCUCCCAAGCAAACAGUUCAAAUAUAAACAAAAAAAAACCAAAAACAAUGGGAAGAUUUCCCAGCAACCUCACAUUUCAGCAUUUGUUCCAAUAACACAAUCCAGGAUUCUUGGGGUGCAGACUGGGUGACACUAUUUUCUGUGUCAAAUGAGCUGCAAAGAAUAAGUGAGUUUGAGAUUCAAUUUGAGCUGUUUGGGUGAU